AUGUCGUUUAGACCUCUAGCAUCAAAGGCCCCCAAGGGCUCCGUCUCUAUGGACCCCAACUGUGCUAUAUGUCAUGCACCGGCCGCCUUGGCUUGUGAAUGUGAAGCCCGAGGUCUGGACAUAGCCAUUCGGCAAGCCGAGGACCAUAUGAUGAGAUCAGUCUACGACGACAUACGUUCUUGGGUCCGGGGCCAUGCUCAAGACUACGUCUUGGAGUAUUUUCGCCUGCUUACUGAGAGACGGAAAAACGCGCACACUACGCACUUGGAUCAGAUUACCGCCCACUCCUUCUACCAUUACAAUGCCCCUCCUCAUCCAAACCAAAUCGCCGAGGCUCAGGGGGCACUUAAGCGUGGCAUUGAUGAAGAUUGGCAGGCAAGUGUCCAAAGAUAUCCCGAGGUUCUCGAGUACUUCUACGGACUUGUGGAAUUAUCCCUGCCAUCUGAUGAUGAAGCGGCCGUCAAAGAUCCGCCCUUGAGUGCUCUAAAUGGACACCGGAAGGCUACCCGGCGCAGUCUCGAAGGAAGUACAAGCGCUAGCAGCGAUGGCCGAAGAGCGCCCCCAGCGUUGCCCAGCGUGCCGUUCCCACCGACCCCGUAUUCGGGUCGAGAUAUGGCGUUGGACCGUCGAAGUUCCCAGCCACUAGCUCGUCGACCAGCUACUGCGCACAUGUCAACCCCAUCGUCAUCCUAUUACGGAGGUUUCAGGUGA